GAGGUGUUCGCUGGUCUAGCAUCGAGUCUACGAAAUACUGAAUCGGACGGUUUCACCGAAAUCACGCUGAUUGAACUCGGCUUGAGCAGUUCAGUUGAAUUAAGAGAUCUGAGGGUAUAUGAAGACUAUUGUAUUGUGUUGCCCGUCGUGGCACUGGUGCAGAGUAAGAGCACUUCUGUCAAGUUGCAUAUUGCGCAAACGGUAAGAAUAAAAUUGAGUGCAAUUUGGAAAAAACAUGCACAUCAAAUUUGAAGUCUUUGAAAACUCACGAGUGUAUGUUUUUUCAAAUUACACGAGAAACCAUACUAUUACUUAUUACUAUUAUACAUGAAAAAAUUAUGCAGUCACGUGCGUAAGUCACAUUUAGAAAUUAAAAAAUUAAGAAAAUUAAGAAAUUUGAAAAAUACAAAAUUAAGAAAUUUGCACUCACUGCAUUUCUUUUUUUACACUGUAUUUCAUUUUUUUGGCACUGUAUUUGGAAAAAAUUGCACCACUGCUCUUAGCCAAUCAGAAUUGAGAAAUUUUUGCAUGUAUGUUAUUAGUUUUGGUAAUCAUGCGAUGGCGAGUACAAUUAGGGAUUAAUAGUACGAGUGAUGUUUGGAAAUUUUGCCAAAAUUGGACCAGCCGCCGGGGCGAGUGGUGCUUUUUGUUUGUAUUUUCAUUUCUUUUGCUAACGCAAAAUUUGGUGCUUUUGUUCGUAUUUUUAUGUAGUUCCUCCACGGCAAUUUCAGUCCACAUUUGUGUUUAAAAUAUCCAGGGGCGCCGGAAAGUCGAUAAUUGGGGGGGGGGCAGAUAUUCAUAUAUUCAUGUUCACAGACUGUUAAAACAAUCGCUUUCAAAGGAAAUAAAUGAUGCAGAACAUGAAUAUAUGAAUAUCUGCCCCCCCCCCCAAUUAUCGACUUUCCGGCGCCCCUGAAAAUACCUUUUCGCCAUUUCGUUUGUUUUGGGAAAAAUCAUUAAUUGUACUGCAGUACAAAUAAUGAAAUAAUUGUACUCCUCUCAACCAAUCAGCAUCCAAUAAUUUUGUCAUGCUAAUAAUAAGUUACGUAACACGCGCUCAAAGCUAAUGAAUGUACUUUCCACUAGGUUAUCACUAUAUUCAUUUUUUUAAAUAUUCAAUUUUGUUUUUCAAGACUUAAAAGAUAUGUUUUGUGCUCUAUCUGUACUGUAAUUAAAAUGGAGAGAUUUUAGAUGAUACGCCAAAGAAAAAAUUAUGUCUGACAUUCAGUACGUUUUGCUUAUAUUGCUGUAUAAAUAUGGCGUCAAUUUUACAGCAUCAAUGGUAAUUGCCUUUAAAUUGCCAAUAUUUAACUAUUAUUUUGUGUUUCUCAACCGCCAGAUACAUUUAAAAAGGUUGCUAUAACUGUGUAAACUACAAAAUAAAGUUAAAACAAAGUAAUUUUGAGAAGAACGCCAAAAAGAUUUUAGGUUUUCAUUGAAAAUACGUGACAUUGAAACAGAUUGCCUCUUAAAUGCUAUACAAAUAUAAAUGCUAUAUAAAGUCGAUCAGACAAAAAAAUUUGAUCUGCCUUUUGAUUGGUUAGUGCUAAUUAAAUUAUACUAUUGUUCUAACAAGUCUGAUGCAGUAAUGAUACUGUGUAUAACAAGAAUGUUACAAGGUUGACGACACAAGGUUGUAACAAUAUUGUUAUAUCAUGACUGUAUUCGGACAUGUUGGAACAACUUUGCAACAAGUCUGAUAAUAUCAACAAGGUUGUUACAUUUGUUCACAGCUUGUUCCAAACUUGUUGACAACUUGGGACAAGAGUGCGAACACAACUUGUUGACGGCUUGUUGGCAGACUUGCUACAAGAUGUGAGAUUAUUGCGUGUGUAUACUACCUGCUCAAGAUCUCUAUUGUCACUACCUACGCUUGCGCAGACCGUUUGAGUGUAUAAAAUACUUGCCUUGUUAAACUUACUGCAAAACAGUUGACAUUGAUUUUUUAUACAUGAAUCGCGAAAUUCGAUUGCGCAUCCAAAUGACGCGUUCUUAGUCGGACAAAGCCCGAAUUCAAAAGAAGCUGUGGCUGGAUGAUUUCAAAUAUGCAUAUGAAAGUAUUGAAAUGUUCAGUCAUGCAUUCGUGUUGUAUUGUAGUAAUAUGUAAUCAUGAAUGCAUGAGUGAACAUUUGAAUACUUAAAUACGCACAUUUUAAAUCAUCCAAUCACAGCUGCAUGUUUUUCUUUAACUGUGAUUUUUACCCGAAUUUGGGAUUCGUGUAUUAUAAUCCUUUUUCUAUAAAUUGUCUAGCUUUUAAAGUCAGUAGAAGAAUCACAAAUGAGCGCAACCAAAUGUGCGCACGAAGUGGCAUGGUAUGAUCCUAUAUGGCGACUGUUACUUAAACCACAAAAUGAUGCGGGUAAUCAAGAGACUGAUCUUAUUCAAGACCUGCUGGAAACUGUCGUCAAAGUUGUCUUCAAAAUUCUCUGGUUUGGUAUUGAGGGAUACAAUGAUGAGGCUUGGAAGGUAUGGAGCUGUUAGUCUUCACAAGACCAUGAUUUCUGGGCUAACAGCGCCUGUCACAAUAAGUUUCAAUUGUAGUCGAUUUCGGAUCACGGAUUCGAAUCUUGGCCUCGUUUUCGUGUUUAAACUUAUUUCCACAUUUAAUAGUCAAAAUCCAAAAUUCUUUUUUAUGCAUGUGUUGACGAAGGAUGUUCUGCUUCUCUGACCAUAGCACGCGAGAAACAAACUUAAAAUCUAUUCCAUUUAAGGUGGUCCUAAGUUGAAAACAGUGUUAGUCGUGACGUAAUUACCGGAAAGAUCAAUUCGUUCUAUUUGUCCAAACUUCUGCAUUUAACAAUGUUAUUAACUUAGGCUCGUGGCGAGGUCAUUGCAUCAGUCAGCACAAUCAGUUCAGUUGAAGAUUUCAUCGUACCAUCACGUGAACUGGAGAGGCGUUUAUUAGAGUUAUCUUUGGCACAAGUUCUUGAAGAUAUUGAGAGAUCAGGGGAAACUGGAGUGAAGGAAAGUAUGAGCGCUUUACAAGUCAUCAAACUGGUGGACGAUUUUAUAUUUACAUCUGGUGAGUUUUGGGACCUACGUCAGAAGUUGUAAACGAAUCUCUUUCGCCAUUAUAUAAACAGUUUUUGUGUUUCCAAAGAUACAAAAACUAGGAAAACACAUGCCCUGAAAAUUUAAAAGUAAUAAAACCCACCUAAUCUUCGGACUUAUUCGAGUCAGGUGCAUGGUCCUUUGUAUUUACAUAUCACUGUUGACAUGGCUUAUUUAUCAUGCUUUGGAAAUGACAAUCUUUUAUUGCCCAACCCUUGUUUUUCAUUUACCCAACCUUUUACUCACUCAAAAUUUCGUUUACCCAACCCUUUUUUUUCUCUUCGGUAAAUGAGUUUCAUGUUUUAGGACCGGAGUAUCGUGUAUUAUAUAUUCCAUAAUUUGUUCUAGGGAGCAUUGCUGGUUCUGUAGAAAAUGAGAGUCUGAGCACCUGGAGUACAAAGGUAUUUCGAUAGAUGGUCAUUUAAUUGACUUAAAUUCAACUGCGAUUGAAGAAGCACCAUUAUAUAUUGAGCUAUAAAUUGAUAUUCAGUUAGCUUGAUAGUUUCCUUAGCUCUCAAUCUUCAGCAAGUUGAGAUCGUGUCGUCGUGUUUGCCUCGUCUUCUUUUCUAAAUCUGUGUAUUAUCAACAAACAAGCAUUUGUAGAUUAGAGACUGAUUAUACAAAUUCCAGAUAGUGAUUUUUGAACCCUUCAAAAAUACCUGAAAGGCUUUGAAACCUCUAAUAUAAACUUCAAUCUGGGCAUACCAAUCUACAGACAAUUCUAGGGGGAUAAUACCCAUACACCCAGCACCACAUUAGCUCUUGUUAUUCUGUAUUAAUUUGAUAUAUUAUAAUCUAUCUAAUUUCAAGCUUGUGGAGACGAUGGUACGUUUGUUGGGCUGUCUGAAUGUGUGGAACGAGUCUGACGGCAACCCGGGCUGGGCUGAAAUGGCAGAGAUGGGAGAUAAAAUACUGCUGGAGUUUCUUCUUCAAGACAAGCCUGAGUUUUGUGCUUACUCUUCGUCAAUGAUUUACACUGUCUGGCAAAAUCGCCAAAUUGAUUGUCAGGAGAAAGUCUGUUAUCUUCUUGGCAAAGUUUACGAAGCAUUUAAAAUCUCUAAGAAUAAAGGUAUAGUACAUAAGCGGUUUCCCUCGAAUUACUGAGUUUUGCACUUUAAGAUCGUGGAGGGACACAUUGAGAUUCGACAAUACAUCUUCUCAAUUUGUAUGAUGUGUAUCGUCAUGUGGUGGUCAUUGAAUCUACGAUGUAUAUCAUCACACAGAUGCACAUUUAUGUGUGAUGUAUAUCAUACAGGCGCAUUGAUAACCCGACCCUCCGUCCACUCUAAUCCCUCUCCCACUCUAACCCCUCCCCCACUCUAACCCCUCCCCCACUCUAACCCCUCCCCCACUCUAACCCUCUCUCCACAGGGUAAGUAGUUUAGACAGACUUGGACUGAGCGGUAGAAUUAACUGUUCAGGUUUCCUUUUCGUGAUAACCAAUACGGGAUGACUCUUACUAGACCUCUGGGAAGAACAGUUUAGAAUUGAAAAAGAUGUUGAGAAUAUAAGUAACAUCUAAAUUACAGCUUCUAAAUUUCUUUUCCAGAAGGCGACAGUAAAUAUACCUUCACACUGCCAUUAUUACGUUACAUUCUGCAACAAUAUGGGGAUCUCGUCCCAUUGACAACCUACGUUCCUGAUUUUCCAACUCGAUCUCUGGAUAACGCUGAUUAUGAAGAACAGUUUCUUCAGUGUGUUGAUAGUGAGGAGUUCGCUGCCUUGAUGAAACAGCAAAUUAUACCAAGCAUGAAGAAAUAUCAGGUCUCAUUGUAAGUAUAAGGCCUACACACCUCAAAACGCACAAGUCGUUACAGGUCUGCAAACAAGUUGUUAUAAAUCUGCUCACAAACUGUCGACAAAUUGCAACAAAGUUUGGAACAAGCUGUUGACAACUUGUAACAAGCUUGAUGGCAUUAUCAGAUUUGUUGAAAGGUUUCUCUACCAAACCCGAUACAGUCAUGAUAUAACAAGCAUGUUACAAGGUUGACGACACAAUGUUGUCACAAUAUUGUUAUAUCAUGAUUGUAUCGGACUUGUUGGAACAACCUUGCAACAAGUUUGAAUAUCAGCAAGGUUGUUACAAGUUGUUAAAACUUGUUCCAAACUUGUUGACAAUUUCGGACAAGCAGUGCGAACACAACUUGUUGACUGCUUGUUGGCAGACUUUUUACAAGAUGUGAGAUUUUUGAAUCAAUGCAAACGAGCUCAAACCAUGAGUUUAGGUAUGGUUUAGGUCAUCAUUUACACACACGGCGCUUAUAACGUGUCCUGUUUACACGCGCAAGUUUCAACGAUUUCAAAUAGCACUCGUCCUUCGGACUCGUGCUAUUUUAAUGCUCUUUGAAAAACUCAUUCGUGCAUGUUUUAUCCAAAUUGCACUUAAAACCAUACUAUUAUAUACCAAAACUAAUAAUAUACAUGGAAUAAUUUCUCAAUUCUGAUUGCCUAAAAGCGGUGCAAUUGUUUCGAAAUACAGUGACAAAAAAUGAAAUACAGUGCGAAUUUCUUAAUUUUUUAAAAUUUUCUUAAUUUUUUUAUUUUUCAAAUUUCUUAAUUUUCUUAAUUUCUAAAUUUCUAAAUGUGACAUGCGCACGUGACUGCAUAAUGUUUUCAUGCAUAUUAUUAAUAAGUAAUAGUAUUGUUUCUCGUGCAAUUUGAAAAAACAUACACUCGUGAGUUUUUCAAAGACUUGAAAUUGCACUCGUCCUUUGGAAUUCUGAUAGUCUUUGAAAAACUCACUCGUGCAUGUUUUUCCCAAAUUGCAUUCGAAACUAUCCUAUUACCUAUACAUAUAGGGAACUCCUGGUGUGAAUCACUGAUCUGCAGUACUAAGACAUUGUACCAUAUCCAACCUUCGUUUAUCUUUAGAGCAAAGUCUUCAAUUGACUCGGGCCGCUUCUGGAUGGAGUGUCUGAAUGGUUUAACCAACAGUUUGCAGCUGAGAGAAACGAGUGAAGAGGAAAGUAAGACGAAAUUCCAGGAAAUUGUCGUAUUGUUCAAGGAAAUUGAGGAAACGGCACAGUCAGAUUAUAAAAAUCGUAGAUUGGAAGAGAAAGCUCAGUAUAAUCGUGUUCUGCAGCAAUGGCAGCUGACCAAGAGAGAUUUGGAAAGUGAAAUUGGAAUUUGGGAAAAUAGGUAAGGGAAGUGAAGAAAAUGAGAAGUCGUAACAGUUACGGUUAAUAGCGGGUUACGGAUUUGGCGAUCUGACCCAUCAUUUAAAAUUUUAAAUUCAUAGGCAAAAGCAUGUUUUAGAAAUAUCAGUCAUCAUGCUUUGAACAGGGAUGGAUUUUCUGGGGGUGGGGCGGGGGGUUAGAGGGGUGCACCCCUGAUAGGAGUGGUGAAGCUAGCCGUGGCAACUGGUCAUGCUAUGCUUAUUUACCUGCAUCUAAAUGGGUUAAAGACAACACAUUUGUAAAGUUUGAAUAAUGAAAAUAAUUAAAAGAUUGCAUAGCAUGACCUAUAGCUAUAUGGCUAGCUUGUCCACUAUCAAGCUGAUAGCCUUGGCAAAGGGAGAUACCAUGCUAAUAAUAUGAACAAGCUUUCGUUUGUAGGGAUGCAACGACCUGAAAAAUAUAAGGAGAAUUUCGACGUUUCGAGCGAAAGCUUGUUCAUAUUAUUGGCACUAACUACACUGGCACAGACAAUUCAAGAUUACAUGCUAAUUAUAGCAUGUCAAGUGCAGUGAUGUCUGUGGUAAUGUACAUUUGCAGGCUAUAAUUAGCUAUCUUGGGGGGUUGUUGUAAAACAUUUAGUUCUAUCUAACAGGGCGAAAGAUAGCAGCCUUACCAGGCUAAGUUCUAUCGAGUGAGAUGCCAAAAUCCUGAUAUUUAUAAUAAGCUGGUAUUCGUGUUUAUUUCUCAAACUAAUAACUGAUCAUAUGCGAGGUUCAGAUUCUGAAUCUGAAUCAAGUAUGGAAGUGAAAUUCGCGAUCGAUUUGACCAGACACUCCUCCCUUUACGCGUCCCUUUCGUCUCGCGGUUUUGUAAAUGUCCCUGGAGCAAGGGUAUUCGGACACAAAUCAAUACUGAAUAUUAUGUGUGUUGUGUGUAGGUCUGUUGAUGAAAAUUACUGGAAACUGUCCACUACGGAAAACUUCUCAAGAAUGCGGUUGAAACUGACGCCUAACUACUACUUCAAUCCACACAUCGAGGCAAGCAGACUGCGCGACACAGGCGCAGUCACGGGGCCUGCGGACGAGGCAAAAGUCUUGGCUGGAGCGGUCGCUGAUCAAGUGCUCUUGAAGCACUACGCUGCGGAGAGACUGGAGGAGACAGGAAAUGUCGAAUUUCCUCAAGCUGUGGAGUAAGUAAAGAAGCACGAGUGAGGUUAGCGCGCUGCCUCGUAGUUCUGCCGUUAGCCUCCUACUGUAGCUCGAGUGUAGGGUAUUACUUUGCUCAGAUCAAACGAGGAUUAGGGUAAAUGAGAGUUGGCUAUUUAUUUAAGUCGAAACGUAGUUGGAACACUCGUCAAACCUUUAUUCUGUUCAUCUGGUGCUUAGAUAUCCCCAAUAAGAAUUCAUGACACCAACAAGAUAUUUCAAGCGAAAAAUUAUAUGCAUUAUAUUUGGGCCCUUUUUAAGUACACUCACCUAGAGUACAACGGCAAAUUAUUAUUUGAAAUAAAGCCCGUCGUCUAUUUUUCCACAAAAAUAAAACAAUUACAUUUAUCACGAUUUAGACUUGGUUCAAGUCCGUCUUUCAAGGUUGAAAAUAGCGAUGCACGCAAACGGUCAAAAAAAGCGCGAAAAUAUGAUAGAAAAGUAGGGAGAGACGGACUUGGAUACCCUGCAAGCGCGCCAAAUAUUACCGUCGGAUUUUUCCUACGGAGGCGUGGCUUGCCAGUUGAGAACAACAACAAAUUUUCGCGCCAAUUUUUGCAAGUAACAUUCGAAAUGCUGCGAAUGUCCCAAGUCCGUCUCUCCCUACUUUUCUCCUGAGACAAGUGUAAUCACGAUUUACCAAUAAUAGCUUACAGCUAAUUAUGGAAAUCACGCAACCUACACAAAACACAGUGAUCUGCUAGCUAGCCCGCGUGCAGGCCCACCUAGGGAAGAACAGUGGGCCUUGCAAGGAAGACCGGGUGUUUUUUAAAACGCCCCUUUUCAUAACACGCCCCAUUCGCGCAUCAAUUGUCAAAAAAGAAGCUUGAAAUUCCUAGAAAAGUCCUUGAAUUUCACCUUCACCAAAGGGUGGACACCCUGGUUUAAAAACUUACAAGGAACUUAUUUUUGUAAUUUAGAUCUCCAUCUGCGGCAGACAGUGUUAGCAAUGCCGCACCAAGUACGUUUGACUGUGAAUUAAUCACGCUUAUGGAAACUGUGCCCGGUCGAGUGAACAUCUCGUCGACAUCUGUAAGUUUCACAGCGACUGAGAGGCAGAGUGUGCUGGAUGGUUCUUCAUGGGACUUCAAGAUCGCACUGAAUCAACUACGAGAACUUCACUUGAGAAAUUUCAAUCACAGAAGAAGUGCUUUGGAGUUCUUUCUUGUUGAUCAAACCAACUACUUUAUUAAUUUCACCAAAGAGGUAGCUUUUUAUUAGCUCGAAUUUGAUGUGUCUUUCUGUCCACUUUGAACACAAAAGCAUAAAAGUAGUCGAGCCGUACAUACGAACCAGGGGCGUAGGAAGCUUCGAAAAGUUGGGAGGGGCCAGGCUUUGAGGGGCACUUUUCGGAAAAAAAAG